AUGAUAGCACAUGCAGAAUACAUAAAUGAAAAGAUUGGAUAUGCUGAUGCUAUUCUGGAUGAUGUUUAUCUCAACAAAUUAUAUGAAAAUCAUACUUACGAUCCGCAUAAUUAUUUUAAUAACGUUGACAGUGACCAACGUAGAAGUAUUGUUACAAAUUUAAAAGAUCUGCGGGAACCAGUGGAUAGAGAUGAUUGGAGUACCAAUGCCGCCACAGUGAAUGCAUUUUACAGUCCUCAAAAAAAUCAAAUCAUGUUUCCAGCGGGAAUUCUGCAACCUCCAUUUUUCCACAAAAACUUUCCAAGAGCUUUGAAUUAUGGUGGUAUUGGUGUUGUUAUUGGACAUGAAAUAACUCAUGGGUUUGAUGAUUCAGGUCGGCAAUAUGAUAAAGAUGGUAAUUUAUUACAAUGGUGGACUGAUGACGUCAUUGGUAGAUUUAAAGAGAAAGCACAAUGUAUAAUAAAUCAAUAUUCCAACUAUAGUGUAGAAGAAGCUGAUAUGAAUUUAAAUGGUAUUAAUACACAAGGUGAAAAUAUAGCUGAUAACGGUGGAUUAAAACAAAGUUAUAGGGCCUACCAAACAUUGAUAGAAACCAUGGGCGAUGAACCACGACUACCAGGUUUAAAAUAUAACAACAAACAACUCUUUUUUAUAAACUUUGCUCAGAUUUGGUGUACGAAUACAAGAAGAGAAGCCGCCAUUCAGCAGAUACUAACCGGUGUCCAUAGUCUGGGAAGAUUUCGGGUGAUUGGUUCGCUUCAAAAUUCUCAAGAUUUUGCAGAAGCAUUUAAUUGUCCAGCCUCAAGUUACAUGAAUGCGGAGAAAAAAUGCUAUGUCUGGUAGAUAAACUGGGGAAUGCUACUACUUAACAAUAAAACACACAAUCAAGUAUUCUUGGCUACAGUAUUUAUAAAACGCGCAUACAUUAAGCUUUUUUGUCCAUAAGAUUUGUGCAAAAAAAUAGGCUAUUCUGUUAUUGUUUACAUGCAUAAGAAUAAAGAAUAUAUGAAACCAG